GGUUGUCUAUUGUAACGGUAUCUAUUCGCGCUCGAAACGCGUUCGUUCCACUGGGAACAGUCAGUCUUCAAAGGUAAACAACAACAAUUGAGAGCAUGCAAAAACUAAAUAACAUUCCAAGCUCGCCCCGAGUCCCAGUGCCAGUUACCAAAAUUAUACAGAUUCUACGUUAGUCAAUACCGCUAGAAAUCUCCACUAACACGACUUACGGCUAAACUUAUAUUAGCCGGCUUUUACAGGGCCAACUUUGCCGUUCAAUUUACAUUAGCAAUUUGCAUUGAUGAACUGUGGCGCGAUGCGCGGCGUGCAUGAUAAAAAUCCAAGCAUAAUAAUCAUCGAUAUUCAAAGGCAUUAGAAUAGCAAAGCAACAAUAUCAACAGCAGCAGCAGCAACCGCAACCGACCUUUGAACUCGCCCAGUCCCUAACUGCGCGUAUCUCUAUCUCUGCGCGUCGCUGUGUGUGUGUGUGUGCGUGUGCGUGUGAGUGUAAAAGUGUGAAAAAGCGCAAAAUAAAUAUUAAAAGCGAAACGUGCAUGGAUUAGAAAGCAUAACCAGCAGCAGCUAAAAACAAUAACAAUAAGAACAACAACAACAGCAAGGAUCCGGAGCAGGAGCAGGAGCAGCAUCCGCAGCGCCAGUUUAUUGAAACAGCUCGGAAAAGAGACAUUGCCGCCAGCAGACAGCGUCUGGCGCCGGAACUGUCUAACGGCGCAACUAUAAAAAUGGGCAGCCAUGGCGGAAAAGUAAAAGGACGAAGAUCCUGCGUGCUCAGACCGAGGCAAGGCUUACCCGCUUUGCAUGCAGUAUUCAAUAUGCUGGCUUUGAGCUGCAUUAUAAUCUCCAAUUUAUUGCCGAGCGCUCAUGGACUGAAGGAUCUUAAGAUAUUCGUGCCGGAAGCAGUCAUCAUGGGCAAUGCAGCGACAUUGUCCUGUCAAUACGAUUUGGAGAAGGCGGCGCUGUACUCGGUGCGCUGGUACUUUGGCCAGGAAGAGUUCUAUCGCUAUGUGCCGCGCGAGGCGACGCCCACAUUUGUCUUCCCCGUUGCAGGCAUUAAUGUUGAUCUAACCAACUCGGAUGCAACGUCGGUCACACUGAAAGGAGUCACACGAGAUCUGACUGGUAGCUAUCAGUGUGAGGUGUCCGAAGAUGCACCGUUGUUCCAUACUGAUAUUCGGUCGGCGUACAUGCAGGUGAUUGAGCUGCCCAAAGACGAUCCGGCCAUGCAGGUGGACAAGAAGGUGAUUGGCGUCAACGACAACUUCAAGGCAGUGUGCACAGUGGGACCCUCCUAUCCGCCGGCGAACAUCACUUGGUACAUCAACGGCCGCAAGGUAUACAAAACGCCGCUGCAGCGCAUAACGCAGGACGCAUUCGAGGGCUCGACCACGUACUCCUCCCUGGAAAUCUAUCCGCACAGCCAGGUGCUGCAGGGCUUCUUCCAGGCGAUGCCCAAGUAUCAGACCAGCAUACUGCUGCUCUGCGAGGUAUCCAUACUGCAUGUGUUCCACAAGAAUGUACAGCAACGCAUUGGGCUAAGCAUGGCGCCGCCGACCACUAUUUCACCCAAUUUGCUGGGCCUCGAGGGCUCCAAGCGCUAUGUCAAUGGCGAUCCGGAUAAUUCAGCACUCACCGGCGCUGCACAGUGCAGCUGCAGUGCUAUCGGCGUGCUGACUCUGGCCGUGGCAACCCUGGCGGCGGCACAGCUGUGACCAGGACCAGGAUACACUGGACAUGCCACAUAAGCAAAUGGUCGAGCAGACACAAUAACGAGGCAACAACAAGAAGCACAGGCUCCGGGCGAGCAGCCCGCAAAGUGUAAUUAAAAAAUAACAAAUGCAAACAAUGCACAAAAGUGCAGCUUGCAAAUUAUAAAAAAGCAACGGAACAAAAAAAAAAUAUAUUAAAAAAAAAAAUAUUAAAAAAUACAAAAUAAAGAAAGAAAUGUUUUCAAAACGGGUUCGCGUUGUGAACGCGAAGCGGCAUGUCCUUGUGGGUAACCCUUAUAAUUUAUGUUGUUGUUGUACGCUUAACAAAUAAAAAGCAAAAAAAUUAAUAGUCGUGCAUUUAAAAUUAAUAUUUUUCACGCUGCCGCAACGGAAAUGCUAAGAUUAUGAUUAAAACCCAAUUAUUUUCAAUUACCCUAUUGCAAAUUUAUAAAAUCUGAGCUGAAAACAAGUGAUUACCAAAUGCCGGCGGUUAAUUAAUUGCGCUCAAACACAUGCACAGCAAAUCCGAGUGCAGCUACGAAAAAAUGUUUACAUAAUUAAUACAAAUAUAUAUACUUAAUGCAUACAGGCAUUAUGCAUGUUAAAGGCGUGGUGUGAUGUCAAAAUCUGCAAAUAAAACACAAAUACACAAACAUAAAUUUAAAAGAUCAAUAAACUAAAAUAAACAAAUACAUGCACUUGCAAAACAAAAACAAAAACAAAAACAACUCAUUUGCAACCUAAUUUACAUUAUAUAACUAACGAAAGAGAAUAAAAAAUUAAGAAUAUAAGUAAAAAAUAAUUAUAUAUUAAGUACACCCUACCCUCCAACAACCGCAGCCUAGACACGUAAGCUAUGUAAAUAUUAUUUGUAAAAAAAUUAAACACACAAAAAAAAAGAAAAAAUAAUGCAAGGCAAAACGAAAAUCAUAAACAAGAUGAACGCAACAACAAUAGAUACAUGCAAUAAUGCACGGCGCGUAAAGUAAAAAUAACAUAAACAAAUAUUAAUUAAUGUUCGAAUGAAAGGCUAAUUAUGACAUAAUAAAAAAAAAUAAUUGUAUGAAAAUGCCAAUAAAUUAAAUGAAUGGGAGUAAAGUUAUUUUAAUUGAAUUUUCGCAUUGUGGUUAAUUUGUGGCUUUAUAUUUUUUGCAUAUUUCGUAUAUGUUGUGAAGCAUUUGUUUUGGCUGCAAAAUAUGAACUUUAUUUUAGGCUACAUUUAAAUAUAUUUAUAUAACUACAUGAUUAGAAUAAAUGUCAAACUAAAUGAAUUUAGAGAGUAAAUGUUAGUUGAAUAAUAAUUGUAAGCCAAUUAAAAAAUAAUAUUUGAAGCAGAGCAAAAUCUAUAACUAGGAUUAAUUGCAGAGGUUUAUGUGCUGUGCAAAAUCCUCGUACAUUUCUAGUUAUAAGACAAAUGGGAAAUUUUCUGCAUUUCAUGAAAAUUCCACAAAGUUCAGCAAAUACUCUUGAAAGCAGCUUUGAACUUUGCGACGCAUAAACCUCUUUUAGAAAUAGGCAGAUUACUUGAAAAUUAUAUUUAAAACAAAACUGAAUUAAACUGCAAGCUAAACUGUUGUAAAUCAAACAAGAAAAUCAAAUUGUCAAAUAAAAAAAUACAAAUAAAAAUAAAAACGUCUUGCAAACGAAAACGAAAACGAAAAUAAAAAUUAAAAUGUAAAAUCUAACUAAACUACAGGAAAAGAAAAACAAAUAUUGAAACGUAAAGAAAGGAGUAGCGAAAAUAUUCAAAAGAGCGAGAAAAGUCAAAACAGAAAUAUAUGUUAAACAAUAUGCAUAAUUAUAAAUUAUUUAUGAGUGGUAAGAAAACGCCACACAAAAAAUACAAUUUGAAACCAAAUCAAAGCACGCCAUAGGAAGAAACAAAAAAAACAACAAAAAAAAAAACAAAACGCCAACGCGUAAGGAACUAAGCUCAAAAUUAUAAACGAUAAUGGCAAAAUUAUAUGACGAAAUAAAGAAAUAAAAUACAAUUA